GUUUGUGAGGCGGUCUGUGGCACGGCGGGUGAUUCCCGCCCUCCUGGUUGCCGUGGCAGCAGUGCCGCCUCAAGAUGGCGGCGCUCAGUGACGCUAUGGCGGCCGCCGGGCUCGGGGCGCUGCUGCUGGCGGCUCUGUGUGCGGGGCAGCCCGUUUUUCAGCCUUCCUUUAUCCACAUGUCUGGGCUAAGAGUCAAUUCGUUUUUUCUUGGAGAUUCUUCAGGAGUUACGUUUUCCAUUAUUUUAGAUGCUAUCGAUAAAGAGACAGGAAAUUUGCUCCUUCCAAACUGCGGUGGAAAUGAAAGAGCUGGUGACUGGGAAUUGAGUGUAACAGCUGGUGUGGGUUCAUCCAAAGUGACUGUAACCUUCACUAGAAAUCUCCAGUUAUGUUUGCCCAAUGCCACCGACUGCUGCACAGCACCUCUCUGUGUGGUGGAAACAGUUCAGGUUUUAGCUUGCAGUGGUUCGGCGAUGCUGGCACGUCUCAUAAUUCAAGCUGAAAUAUAUGCCAACUCUUCCUUUAUGGGAAAUGUGUCAGAAAUCAUGUCUGUCAUCCCUAACCAGGUGUUUCAGCCCUUGGGCUCAUGUCCUUGUGACUUGACAGAUGGAGCUUGUGAUGUUCGUUGUUGCUGUGAUCCGGAGUGUACACCAGACUUGAAGCAGUUAUUCAAUGGAUCGUGUUUCACUGGAGUGUUUGGUGGGGAUGUAAACCCACCUUUUGAUCAGCUGUGCUCCACACAGACAACAGAAUAUACUCCUGAUUGGUUUCCCUUCCUUUGCAUACAGUCUUCUCUUAGCAAUACACCAUUUCUUGGCUAUUUUUAUGAUGGCUCUGUUUCUGCACCCAGAAGUUCUGCACCCAGAGUUCGUCCAUUUAGGAUCCCUGUACAGGCUUCUCCUGGGAAAGUGUUCACUGGUUACAGAGCAGGAGAUCCAAUUAUGACAGAAGAUGACGAGUAUUUUACCAUCCCUCAGCCGUCCCUGGCAGGGCAGUGUGCUGGAAAUGCCCCUGUAGCGUUUCUGCAGGACUUUGACGUGAGGUGCCUUUCUGAUGCAGCAUCUUACAAGGAAGGACUGUCCCAUGAUGUGAAAAUCAACAGUGGAACAGGAGACUUCAUCCAACAAAAUGUGACCUACAAAACCGUCACUGACAGGGACAAAUUCAUCACUAAAAGUGAAUUUCCUCCUACCGUGGGCAUUCCAUUGCAAAGUAUAACCUUUGCAGAGCAUUAUACAUUCGUGUGUGAAGGUGACAACAUAGAGGGAGUGAAUGUCACAGUCUUCCAAGGAAAUCUAUAUGGUGGAGAAAUGCUGACGCAGAGAUUCACGGCUGAAUUUGUAAGAUUAAAGAGUGAUAAUGCAGCAGAAGUGCCCAAUAAUCCAGGUUAUCAAGUUGGAAACGCAGUGAGAGCUGCAAAUGUGAAUGCUUCUGAUACUGCUGGCAGCUUAAGCAUUUGGCAGCCAGCUGACAGAAGUCUGUGUACGUCAGCCACUCACACACCAGUUUUGUUCGGGGUAGAUUCUUUCUCUGGGUGCCUAUUGGAAGUUGAUGUCAAUGAAGACUGCAGCCAUUUAAGAGAAAAUGUAAUCGAGAAACUGAAUUCGUUAAUACAAGCUACUCAUGUUGGGAAGAGACGCAAUUCCAAUGACAGCAAUCCCAAAGACUGGGUGCAAAUUAUACGAUUGGAACCGUCUAACCUGAAUAUCAGUGGGAGCCCUGGAGAUCUGAAGGGCAUUUGCCCAGAUGUUCCUGCCAACCUGAACAUUCGGAUCAUUUUUGCAGCUGUGGGUGCAGUGUGGGGGGUUCCCAGGGAGGAGAUACUGGCCGUGCAGACCAGUUACUCCACAGUCACGUGGCAGUUCCAGUGCGGCCUUCCCUGUGCAAACCCUGGCAGCCUGCUGCCCAUCACGGCUGCUGUGGAGUUCAUCCGAGUGCCGGCUCAGCCCCCGGUUCCCAUGAGCAGAUUUCAGAUGAAUUACACAGAAUUUGACUGUGCUCGCAAUGACAUUUGCUGGCCGCAGUUGUUGUACCCGCUGACACGGUUCUACACAGGAGAGCCGUAUUCUCAAUGUCUGGCUGCAGGUCUGGCUCUGGCUUUCCUGGCCGUGCUCGCAGCAGUGCUGGGGAGCCCGUGCUUUGCUCAAGCGUGGGAGAAUUUCUCUCUUUAAAAACCGUUGAUGUCGGAAAGAACCGCUUUGUAAAUAUUUGAAAUAUUUUUAUAUUUUUAUAAAAAGGACAUAAAGAUUUUUAUUUCAAAACGAGGAAAAGCGCACAGAAAAAUGAUUGAGAUUAUUAAAAAGGGGGGGAAAAACAGGUAA